AUGACAGAGAUCGAGAGGAAUACAGGCACGUUCUUUCGCAUCGGUGGCGACAUUCGAAAUUUGUAUCGAAGCUACAACUUGGAAAAUGGCUACAUGGUGUUACAGCACAUUGUCAUCAACAUCGAGCAGAUGUUGGGUGUGGAAGACAAGUUUGACAGGCAACAUGCAGGUUUCUCCAUGGCCAUCAACCAGUACACCUAUGCUGCGACACAGGCGGUGCCUGAGCCACUUCGUACACGCCUCUUUCGCUACAGCUGUCAGGAGAGGCUACAACCUUGGCCCCUGGACAGGCUGGAUACAGCGACCAACGCAUGA